AUGGCUCCUUAUCCUCAAGAAGUCUACACUGGCGACGAUGUCGGCAUCGCCUACCCUAAAGAUGGAUCCGAUCUUGGAACCGAACAAGGUGCUUCUGGAAAGACCUCCGGCGCCGUCCAAAUAUCCCGUGGUGGAAUGAUUGCCAUCAUCGUCGUCGUUGUUGCGUUCACUGUGAUUGGGGUAACCACGGCUACGUUGUUUUACGUCGCGAAGAAACGAGAAUGGAAGGUCCGCGAAGGCCUCCGACGAUCUGCAAGAAAAGUUGUCACGGCGCUUACACCCCGACGCACCGAGUUCCCACGAGACGUCAAGAAUGCUAGCCCCAACUCAAGAAGACGCGAGAGAAUGGAUGAUGUCCCGCCGACUCCCCGCAUUCGACCUGAGGAUCUCGAAAAGGGCCUCAACGCAGCUAAGAACAAGCAAGCUCGAUGGGGGAGGUAG